CCCGCGGUCCAGGCAGCCGGCGACGUGGCGGGUGUCCUCCUGCCGCCCCACUUGACACGCCGACCCCAGGAUGCGCGCUGCAGGGCUCCUUCCCCCUCCUCCUGGCUGCGGACCCCGCUCCGGGCCUGGCCGCGUCCGCUCGCGUCCUGCGUCCCCUCGCGGGGCUCUGGAGCUUGGUGUGUGCCUUGCCUAGUUUCACUUGAUACUCUUCAGGAAUUAUGUAGAAAAGAAAUGCUCACAUGUAAAUCGAUUGGAAUCACCAAAAGGAAUCUAAACAAUUAUGAGGUGGAAUACUUGUGUGACUACAAGGUAGAAAAGGAUAUGGAAUAUUAUCUUGUAAAAUGGAAAGGAUGGCCAGAUUCUACAAACACUUGGGAACCUUUGCAAAAUCUCAAGUGUCCAUUACUGCUCCAGCAGUUUUAUAAUGACAAGCAUAAUUAUUUAUCUCAGGUAAAGAAAUGCAAAGCAAUAAUUCCAAAAUACAAUAACAAAGCUUUGAAACCUGCCAUUGCUGAAUACAUCGUAAAGAAGGCCAAACAGAGGAUAGCUCUGCAGAGAUGGCAAGAGGAGCUCAACAGGAGAAAGAAUCAUAAAGGAAUGAUAUUUGUUGAAAAUACUGUUGACUUAGAGGGCCCACCUUCUGACUUCUACUACAUCAAUGAAUACAAACCAGCUCCUGGAAUCAGCCUGGUGAAUGAAGCCACCUUUGGUUGUUCAUGCACAGAUUGCUUUUUUGAGAAAUGCUGUCCUGCUGAAGCUGGAGUUCUUUUGGCUUAUAAUAAAAACCAACAAAUUAGAAUCCCACCUGGUACCCCCAUUUAUGAAUGCAACUCGAGGUGCCAAUGUGGACCUGAUUGUCCCAAUAGGAUUGUACAAAAAGGCACACAGUAUUCACUUUGCAUCUUUCGAACUAGCAAUGGCUGUGGCUGGGGUGUAAAAACACUUGUGAAGAUUAAAAGAAUGAGCUUCGUCAUGGAAUAUGUUGGAGAGGUAAUCACAAGUGAAGAAGCCGAAAGACGGGGACAGUUUUAUGACAACAAAGGAAUUACUUAUCUCUUUGAUCUGGACUAUGAAUCUGAUGAGUUCACAGUGGAUGCAGCUCGAUAUGGAAAUGUGUCUCAUUUUGUGAAUCACAGCUGUGACCCAAAUCUUCAGGUGUUCAAUGUUUUCAUUGAUAACCUUGAUACUCGUCUUCCCCGAAUAGCAUUAUUUUCUACAAGAACCAUAAAUGCUGGCGAAGAGUUGACUUUUGAUUAUCAAAUGAAAGGUUCUGGAGAUGUCUCUUCAGAUUCGAUUGACCAUAGCCCAGCCAAAAAGAGGGUCAGAACAAUAUGCAAAUGUGGUGCUGUGACUUGCAGAGGUUACCUCAACUAAAUUUUUGGAAAAUACAGCUGGUGAUAAUUUUGUUUUUCUCAGAUAUAACAAUUUUAAAAUAUACACUUUGGACUCCCUUCAUAGUAUCACAGGUAUACCUACGUUAAUUUAUGAUUAAUGUUUCAAGACAUUUGCCAAAUGCAUUACUGAGUUUCCUGAGGAGAGGUACCCACAGUCACAUGGGCUAAUAUAAAAUCUACCUAUUUAAUGACUAGAUACCCAAAGUGAAAGACAAA